CUAACCUCCCUACUACUGCCUGCUUGGGAGUUUCCCUCUCCCAACCCUCUCUCAGCGACCCCCGCUCUUCCCAGCGCAGGUGUUUGCUCACCGCCCCUGAGGGCGGGGCAGACGCCCCCCCCCCCAACCGCCUCCGCCCCCGCCCGCCGGCUUGGGUGGCGCAGGCGCACCAAACACGGCCGGGAGGCCGAGGGCAACCACCCUAGCUCUGACUCCGGCUCCUCCGGCGGCAUCUGAGUGGGCUGGUAGGCGGCCACCAAGACUGCUCGGGGCAGGGGCCGGCGGGCGGCGUGGCCAUGGGCGCGGGCUGGAGUAGCGACGAGGAGCGGGAGCCGCUACUGGGGCCCGGGCUCGGGCCUGGGCCCGGGGCUGCUCGCAGGAACCGGGAGGCGGCGGCGGCGGCGACGCUGCCCGCCGCGGGCCCCGGCCCGGGGCGGGUGUACGGGCGCCGUUGGCUGGUGCUGCUGCUCUUCUCGCUGCUGGCGUUCGCGCAGGGCCUGGUCUGGAACACCUGGGGCCCCAUCCAGAACUCGGCGCGCCAGGCCUACGGCUUUUCCAGCUGGGACAUCGCGCUGCUUGUGCUCUGGGGGCCCAUUGGCUUUCUGCCCUGCUUCGCGUUCAUGUGGCUCCUGGACAAGCGAGGUCUUCGGGUAACUGUACUUCUGACAUCGUUCCUUAUGGUUUUGGGAACUGGUCUAAGAUGCAUACCUAUAUCAGACUUAAUGCUUAAAAGAAGAUUAAUCCAUGGAGGACAGAUGUUAAAUGGAUUAGCAGGUCCAACUGUAAUGAAUGCCCCGCCAUUCCUCUCCACAACCUGGUUUUCUGCAGAUGAACGGGCCACUGCCACAGCGAUUGCCUCCAUGCUCAGUUAUCUGGGUGGGGCAUGCGCAUUUUUAGUUGGUCCACUUCUUGUUCCAGCUCCCAAUGGGACAUCACCUCUUCUUGCUGCAGAGAGCAGCAGGGCUCAUAAAGACAGCAUUGAGACUGUGUUGUAUGCAGAAUUUGGAGUUGUCUGCUUAAUAUUCUCUGCAACACUAGCUUAUUUCCCACCACGGCCUCCUCUUCCUCCCAGUGUUGCUGCAGCUAGCCAGAGGCUAAGUUAUCGGCGCAGCUUUUGUAGGCUGUUAAGCAAUUUGAGAUUUUUGAUGAUUGCUUUAGCAUAUGCUAUCCCACUUGGUGUAUUUGCUGGCUGGUCUGGAGUUCUGGACUUAAUUUUAACACCAGUACAUGUCAGCCAAGUGGAUGCUGGCUGGAUUGGAUUUUGGUCCAUAGUUGGAGGCUGUGUUGUUGGUAUAGCUAUGGCAAGGUUUGCAGAUUUUAUCCGGGGUAUGCUGAAGCUAAUUCUUCUCCUCCUAUUUUCUGGGGCUACACUGUCAUCCACAUGGUUCACCCUGACCUGUUUGAAUAGUAUCACACAUCUGCCUUUGACCACGGUGACAUUGUAUGCCUCCUGUAUUCUCCUGGGAGUGUUCUUGAAUAGCAGUGUACCUAUAUUUUUUGAGCUCUUUGUGGAAACUGUCUACCCAGUUCCAGAAGGAAUUACUUGUGGAGUCGUCACUUUUUUAAGUAAUAUGUUCAUGGGAGUACUUUUAUUUUUUCUCACAUUUUAUCAUACAGAGUUGUCUUGGUUCAACUGGUGCCUUCCUGGGUCGUGUUUGCUCAGUCUCCUCCUCAUUCUGUGCUUCAGGGAAUCCUAUGACAGACUCUAUCUUGAUGUGGUUGUCUCAGUUUAAUAGCACAGACUUGAGGGAGUUUGAAAGGAGACUGGAAAUCAAUACUGCACACUGCACAUUUGCUUGGAAUUGCACAUCUAACAGGAGAAAAAGGAGAAGAAAGAAACUUCAUUCAGAGGUUUUGUUAGGUUACAGAUUAUUGCAUUAAUUUAAUUACUACUAGGUAAUAAUAAUGUGGGACUUGAGUGGUAAUAGGGAAUUUUAAAACUCUACAAGUGGCAUACCUGUGCCCGAUACUGGGGUUGGAAGAGUAACAUCUUACUCAUUCAGCACUACCUAAGGAAUUCCCUCUGUGUUUUGUGCCAGUGCUAAACUACUGAUUAACUGUAAUUAUGAAAAGAAAUGAAGGGCAUCUAUCACGUGAAGAUAACUCCUCCUGAGGUCACAUGACAGAAUAGGAAGAAAUGCCACUAACUUCUAAAGAAGUUUAAACCUGUAUCAAAUUUUAAUGACAAAAUAGCCAAACAGUAUAUCGAUAAUAGAUAUUAGCCACGUGUACACUACAUGUUUUUUCUAAUAAAGCCAUUUCUUAUAUGACUCCUCAUUUUUAAUCAGGUCAGAAGCCUUUGGCCAUUCUUGUCAUGGGGAUCAAGUGCUUUCCAGGGACUUCAGAGCACAAGCACUGUGUCUCCAUCUCAACUUACCCUUGUUUCUCUGAAUACAGUUUCAUCGGCAAGACCCUUAAGUAACUGAAGUAAGGAUGAUUAACUGCUUGAUAGGGUCACAGUAACUACUGUAUGAAGAACAUGAUUCCGUUACGGCUUAGCACUUUGUGAAAAGCAAAAUGAUCAACCACACAGAGCAUGUAUGUCUUCAGCCUACAUGUGGCAGCAUAAAGCAGUAAAGUCCAACACCAACUGUUAUUUAACCAGGGUUAGAUUUUAUUAAAUGACCCUGAAAAGAACAAUUUCUAACAUCAAAACUUUCAUCUAUUGAGUGAUUUCUGAAUUGCACCCUUGUGUUUCAGUUCAGGUUGUAAAUAUUCAAUUCUGUAUGAAGUUAGUGUAUUUGAGAGGGCAGCAUUUUGCCAGUACCUGUUUUUUCUAUGAAUGGUAGGUUUUUUUAAAAUAUCAGUUACUUAUGGGGCAGCUCUCAGACAUGAUUUCUCUAUGAUAUAAAAUCCGCUGUGGUGGGAGCAUGCUGUCACAACUGUUUAACGUUUACACGAUUCCCCUCACUCAGAAAAAACAAACACUUCCCCAGAAGUCAAGAACAACACUGCCUUUAUUAUUCUCUACUUCCUCCAACCCCCUUCUUUCCCUUCACUUGAAAUUGUCACACCAUUUUCAGCUGUGUGUAUAUUUUACUUGUCUUUCUGGACAGUGUAAGCCAGUCCCUGUCAGCCAGUGUGGGGAAACGUGGUUAAGGAAGCUGGCAGCACUCACCCCUGCCCAUCAGUGCCUGUGUACCAUCAAACUCCACGAGCACCCCAAACGCCUCUCCCUGCCUCUUAGCAAGCUCAAGACUAUGCAUUAACUCACCUCAGGCCUGGAGGAGGAUUCUAAGACUGCCUGGUGUCUUCCAAGACUGAUUGUGAAACUAGGAAAAUAAGAAAAUCCUCAAAAUGAACAUCCUUCUUCAUUCACCUUUGAACCAUCUCCCUUUCUAACCACCUGCUCACUUAGCAUCAAGAAUAGAAGGAACUUGGGCUGGGGAGAUAGCUCAGUUGGUAGAGUGCUCGCUCUCACAAGCACAAGGCCCUGGGUUCGAUUCCCCAGCACCGCAAAAGAAAAAAAAAAAAAAAGAAUAGAAGGAACUUGGGAAAGAGAAGAAGUCCUACAAAA